UUCUGCACAAAGUAGAGUGUCCACCCACCUUCUGAAAACCGGUAUGACAACCAGGUGCACUCUGGGACAGAAACAAUAAUUACUUUCACUUCAUCACAACCGAAACCAGAGGUGCAGAUUUAAAUGCACAAAUGCAGUCUGGAGAGCAAACCAGGAAGCAGCACAGGAGAGAUCCAUCACCCAGCAGGUGUGAACACAAACAGCUAAACUGGAACUACUGAGAUGAAUAAGAGAAAAUAUUCUAAAAACAGUGCCUCAAGGGGCCAUUUUCAACGUGCAAAAGGCCCAUAUGAACAACAAAGGGGUAGGUCACAUCCAUAUUAUAAAAGUAAUUGACAAUAACAGUUGACAUUUAAUUGUAGAAUGGCAGACUUGGUGAUGCAGCCAAGUUCUAUAACUGUUCAACUGUUGCCAUUGGUUUUUAGUUUCCCUAACAAUCUUUGGCCCUCUGCGUGGGGGCUUGAUUGAUAGAAGUCUUCUAACAAGCAGGUGUACCACCGUUCAAGUGUUCUUUAACCUCUUCAUUAUUUCAGCAAUACUAGUAAUUUACAUGCAGUUUUUUGGCAGCUAUUUCCUGAUACAGUAUGUGCAGGUCAACAACUCUUCGUCUUUUUUUAUAUGUUUGCCUUUCCCCAUGGUAAUGGAUGUGAACUGGAUUUCCAUACGGCUCACCUCAUUUUCAUACCCCAGUGAAACAGGAUCCCUUGGAAGGGGGCAGCACCUUCAGUGGCCCCCAUUCAUACAGCAGGUCUGCCAGGAGUCGUCCCCAUGAGAAUGAUACUAAAGAUAAGACCCUUCAGCCAGAUGUUUCAGGUGGACCUUCAAAAGAACGGCACAAAUCAAGCCCUCUAGUCCGGAUGAUCGUGACAGACCUGCAACCCUUGUCUAUAAUUGAGGGCACUGGAUUUCGGCAGUUUAUGAGAGCACUGAAUCCUGGCCAUAGUAUUCCAAAAGGGAUAUCUACUUUACACUCAGAACUCCUACAGCUGUAUGAAUCAGUAAAAAAAGAGGUGAAAGCAUCCCUCUACUCUGCGAAUGAUGUUGUCCUGACGUCAGAGAUGUGGACAAGAGGAACAGAGUUCUAUCAGACAGUGAGCUGCCAUUUCAUCGACCACGACUGGGAGCUGAAAUCCUACGUGCUGGAAACAAAAGACUGCACUGGUAAAAAUACAGGGGAAGAAAUUGUCAACCAACUGCAGACAAUUUCAAAAGAAUGGGAAAUUAGAGAAAAGGUCCAUGCUGUGGUUAUGAAUGGGCCUAAUGUGUUGCUGCAUAGUUCAGGUUGGACAUACUUUCCUUGUUUUGCACAUACUUUGGACCUUGUGUUCAAGGAUGCGUUGAAGGGCGUCCCGGCCUGUGAAGCACUUCUGAAGAAGUGUCGACAAGUCGUGAGGUUCCUCCACCAGAACUGCAAUGCCACAGGCAAGCUAAAGGAUUCACUGCCUCCGUAUGAGCUAAUGCUAUCCGAGGAAACCAGGUGGAAUUCUACAUUCUACAUGCUGGAGAAGCUCUUGCAGCAACACAAUGCUAUCAACACAAUGCUCUCCCACAGUGGUGAGAAAUCUCUCAUUCUAAAUGAUCGCGAACUGUCAAUAAUUAGCAACAUUGUGUCUGCUCUUCGACUUUUCGAAGAAGCCAUAAAUGGAAUGUCACAACAGAUGUACGUCUCCGUUUCCUGGAUUAUUCCCGUGGCGAAACUCCUAAAGGAAAAACUGGGAAUGCUGACACAGAACAGGAACCAAGUAGCAGAACAGCUGGCAGGAAAGUUCGCAAAACGAGUUACAGAUAUAGAAAAUAACUAUAAACUGGCAGCUAGCACAACUUUGGAUGCAAGAUUUAAAAACGUCCUUCUGUCUCCCGAUGGCAGUACAGACCAGAGGAGAAGAAAACGAUUGCUCGAUGAAAUACUCAAUUCCGGCAAGGCAGGCCAAUCAACGUGCACUAAUCCCUUCUCUCCAAACGAUUGCCCUGGUGGAUUGUGGGAAAGGUGUGAAUGUGAAGAAGAAUUGCGCAGAUACGCCCUCAAAGAGGCAAUCCCACGGGACUGGAACCCCCUGUUCUGGUGGAAGUUCCAAAAUAAGGAAUUCCCAAAUCUCCAGAGAGCAGCUCGGAGGUACCUUGGGAUCGUCUCCACGUGCGCCCCCACCGUGCGAGCUUUCUCCAGGGCUGGCCAAGUCUACAGUCUUCAGCGGCUUCGCCUAGAGCUGGAGACCAUCAACGUGAUGCUGUUCCUUAACGGAAACUAUAUUUUCUCCAAAAGCAAUUGAUUAGAUCAAAGAUAUAUUUGUAAAAUUGUAAAAUGUAUUUCCCAUCAUGGAAUCCAUGAAACCCCAGUCACUAAGCUCUGCAAAUCCAUUUUAUUUCAAGUGAUGUGAGAGUCAGAUUCAAGAAAUGGAGGCCAAAGCACACCUAUUGCAUCAUCACUAAGCUUUAUGCGAUUGUCUAAUUUUAGCAAAGAUUUUCUGUUUUUAUAUGUGACCCAGUUUCAUGUUGACUGUCAUCUCUUCCCUUCAUGGGUAUGUGCGCUGGGAUAUAUACAGCGUUGGGGGCAGUUAAACUAGUUGCUUAUUUACAUUUUGCAGAAGUUCAUUGGUAGUUCAACUACAUUCAAAUUUGUGUAUCCUAUUGGCUGUAGUAGUUAAUUAUAUUUUUAUCAUUUUGAGGUGCAAUUAACAGCAGGAACUACCAACUACUUUUGGCCUCAAAACAUUUUUUAUUUUUAUUUUUUAUAAUCCCUUUGACCAUAUACCGCCUCCUCUCUCUCAUUGCUUUCCCUCUAAGCCUGACCGGUGAGAAUUACUCUGCUCCACUUCAGAUGUCGACUGCCAAUUGCCACACAUUGGUAGUUACACCCACAGUGGUAAAGUGUAUAGUGAUUCUCCCCAUGGGCAAACUGAAGGCAUUGCUCAUAUGUGCAUCAUGUUAGGGACAUAUGAUUUUUUGAUCAUUUUUAUACAAAGAGGUUUGAACAAUGCUUUUGGAGUAGUUGUAGUUUUGCAGGAUACAUUUAUCUUUAGGGUAGCUUUUCUUUGGUUCAAAUACUUUCAGUGUGAGGUAAUUGGUAGUUUGUGCAAUACUAUAUGACAUGUAUUUUUUCAUUCAUUUUGGUUAAUUGUUUAUGAAUACAUUUGAAUGCAUUGUUUCGUUAAUUCAAUCAUUCAUUCAUUACUUUUGUAAGACUGCAGCACCCACUAAAUGCUUAUUCACUUCGUAAUGACCCUUCAUCUAUGCAGCAAGGUCCUACUGAGAUCAGUUCCCAAAAAUGUUGGAUUUGAUUUACAUAUCGUUUCAUAGGAUGUGCUGUAUUUCCUCAUGAACCUCAAAAGGAGAAGGUGUUCUGCGUGUCAUCUGAAAUCACCGAUUUUAAAUGCUGUCUGGGGCCUGAGGGUUAUUGUAUUUUAUUUCUAUUAUUUCCUGAAUUUUACCAUUCUUUAUCAGACACUUACACAUUGAUUUUCACAAUAAGAAUCCCUGAUUUGUUAAAAUGCACAGACCAAUUUGAGCCCAAAAAAAUCCCAAAAAUGUAAUUUUACAGACAUUACUGCCAACUGCAUGCAUCCACAUCUGUAGCUACUGUCUGUCUCUGGCUUCCACCAAAUGUCCAUCCCGUAUUGCAAGGAUGUGAAAAUGUGUUUGUGAUUUGACUAACUAAACAGGCUAUUUGCAUUUAA